UUUUGUGUAUUUUGCAAUAGAGAAAUUGUUUCUGAGGGAUUGAUUGAGGAAAGUGAGAAUUUUAUGGCACUUUAUAAUAUUAGACCUGUUUUUCCUGGUCAUUCUCUGAUUAUUCCAAAGAAACAUGUGACUAGAUUUUCAUCUCUUCCAUUGGAGCAUGCUAAGGAAUUUGUGGAAUUUUCACAAUUGGUAAUUCGAGCAUUAAAACAGAUUCACAAUACUGAUUCGAUAGAGUUACUGAUACAGGAAGGACCUUUGAGUGGACAAUCUAUUUGUCAUCUUCAUUUACAUUUAAUGCCGAGAAUACCUAAUGAU